AUGGACGACGGCUGGUAUGUGGCGGGCCGCAGACGUCUUUUUAACGACAUCAAUCGAGUCUACUAUCGAGCACUACAGGCAGAGGAAAGAUGUCGCAGGCAAAAGGAGGAGAAUGAAGAGACCCGUCAUGAAGCCUCGCAAAUGUUACAGCAAAAAGAUCAGCAUAUCGCCGAGCUUACGAAACGGUUAAAUGACUUACAAUAUCAUCCGGACAUUCUGAACGAUGACGAAGCGAUUCAGAUCAUGGUCAAGCUCAGCCAAGAACUGGACGUUUGGGUCAAGGGCAGCUUCAAGGACCCGCAUCUUCUACAGAAUCUCCCACAGGUGGAACUCGUGAAUGCGCCGUACAGUCCACUACGUGUGGGAACGAUCAACAAGCUGCAGAACACGCAUCACAAGUGGGCUUUCAUACGGGCAUUCGUCACCUCAUAUCUCUUCUACUAUUUCUUUGAUGAUUACAUGGUGGGAGUCAGGAAUCCGGAGCUUAAGUAUAUCCUGAUUACCAUGGAGUCGGAGAUCUUUGACAAAUGCCCAGGCCAUGUUGCUGACAACUGGCGCUCAGCCACCACCAUGGCCUUCCACUCCAUCACCAAGGAAUAUCUGGAGGACGUAGCCAUAGAAUGUAUGAGAGGAAUCGAGCGACUGGCCCCCUGUGCAUCUGCCGAUUCCGGGCUGAGAGAAAAGAAGCUAGUUGAGCUUCUUCGAAGCUGCGUGGAGUUUAAGCGACGCCUUGAGCGACAGCCAGCUCGAUAUAGCUUCUCACAGACCUCCUCGGGUGACAGAUUCAUAUCGGAGACAAUGCAAAGCGUGACGGGACAAGAAGGAGAAGGCGCUGUUGUGGAGUUCUGUCUGUGGCCUGGACUAUGGAAGGGCGACGUUCUCCUCUACCCUGAGACUGUCUGGAGUAAGAUGGAUGAAGCUUCCGUGGGGGACUCCAACCCAUGA